AUGGUAGCAAUGUUUUUAGAAACUGGUGCCAGCUGCCCCGUGGCAGUUAAAGCUGUUGGUGCUUAUGUUGUCGGUGGUAAUGUUCCAAUAAUGUUUUUGAAGUUAGAGGAGAAAUUAGAAUUAAGAGACAAGCAGGAGUUAUCUUUAUCUCAUUAUGACGAGUAUCACGAAGAAACCAAUUCAGAACAUGUUCAAAAUACCCACCAACAUGGUAGACCAUCAUCAGACUCUUUAAAUAUUAAUGUGAAAAUGGAUGCUGAAGUUAUAUCAAGAGAAAAUAGUGCAACAUGGAACCAUCUUCAGGAAUUUGAACUGGAGACGAAUCAUCUUUUAACCAAUCAAAUUCAUGAACUUUUUCCUUUAUUCAAUCAAAGAUCAUCCAAUAUUUUAGGAACAAAUAAUGGAAUAUUAAAGAUUGUGAAUACACCAAACACAAGUAAUACAAUUUCAACUGAUGAUUUAAAAAUUUUUGUGAAAACAUUAUCCUUAACAAUGUUACAUAAUGGACCAUUUUCAAUAUGGUUGGACACAUCUGUUAUGAAAUUUGCACUUGGAUUUGAAAAUGUAAUCAAUUUUGAAGA